AUGGCUUCCUUGGGCUUGAUGGGUUUAGCUACUUUGACCCUUUGUCUCUUGGUCUUAGCAACUGUGCCUCAUCAAGCACAUGCAUUAAGUCGUGGAUCUUUUGGUACAAAAAACGUUGCUGUUGAACCUUCAGUGGAUGGUUUAUGUGCCUCUUCGGUCACCAUUCAUGGCUACAAAUGCCAGGAACUUGAAGUUACAACCAAAGAUGGGUACAUUCUUAGCUUGCAAAGGAUCCCACAAGGUCGAGCUGAGGUUAACGGACGUGUCGCUAAGAAAGAACCAGUGAUUAUACAACAUGGAGUUUUGGUGGAUGGAAUGACAUGGUUUAUGAACUCUCCGGAGCAAAACCUGCCCUUAAUUCUUGCUGAUAAUGGCUUUGAUGUGUGGAUUGCUAAUGCCAGAGGAACCAGAUUUAGUCGCCGACACACUUACCUAGACCCCUCUAACCCGGCCUAUUGGAAUUGGUCUUGGGAUGAAAUGGUUACUUAUGAUAUGCCAGCAAUUUUCGAUUAUGUGUCCAACCAAACAGGGCAGAAGAUAAACUACGUGGGCCAUUCUUUGGGGACUUUGGUAGCUUUGACAUCCUUCUCUGAAGGGAAAUUGGUGAAUCAGCUGAAAUCAGUAGCGUUAUUGAGUCCAAUUGCUUAUUUGAGCUAUAUGAAAACCGCAAUUGGAGUUAUUGCUGCUAACUCCUUUGUUGGUGAGACCAUUACUCUAAUGGGUGUGGCAGAGUUUGAUCCUAAAGGGAUACCUGUGAUGAAUUUUCUCAAGUCUGUCUGUGCUAAUCCUGGGGUAGAUUGCAAGGACUUGCUUACUGCGUUAACGGGUUAUAAUUGCUGCCUCAAUAAAUCAAGUGUUAGUCUACUCUUGAAGAAUGAACCUCAGCCAACAUCAACAAAGACCAUGGUGCACUUAUCACAGACUGUUAGAAGUGGGGUUCUAGCAAAAUUCAACUAUGAGAGACCAAACUACAAUAUUAUGCAUUAUGGACAACUAUCCCCUCCAGUCUAUAACCUUUCCAAUAUCCCUCAUAACCUCCCUCUCUUCAUUAGCUAUGGUGGUCAAGAUGCACUCUCUGAUGUUAUUGAUGUUGGGAAUUUACUUGAUAUCUUGAAGUUCCAUGAUGUAGACAAGUUAAGUGUUCAGUACAUAAAGGAAUAUGCUCAUGCUGACUUCAUUAUGGGGGUCAAUGCCAAGGACAUAGUGUUUAAUGCUGUUACUGCAUUUUUCAAGCGUCAAUUUAACACUUGA